AUUUCCCACAGGAACGGGGACGGAGGCCGGUGAUGGCGGCUGGUAGAGUGGUGACCUCUUAGGGAAGACACAAGAGACCAUUCUCCCAGUGAUGAUUCCAAGAGCUUUGUCAGUGACUGAGCCUGAAAGUGCCAGAGGAGGGAAACCUUCAGAAACACCAGGAACUGAAGAGAAGGAAACACAGAAAAAGGACAAGACAAGAAAGGAAAGAAGGAAAUGUGGACAAUAUCUCUAUGCCCAAGGUGACAAAAAAGGGGGGAAGAAAUGCCCAGCUGCAAAACCCUCCUGUUUGAACUCCUCCUUCCUAACCCUGCGCAGCGGCGUGGUUUACCAGGACAAAAACGCCACGGCCCAGCGAAUAUCCUCAGCCAGGCUGCACAAAAUCAAAGAGCUGAAGAACGAAAAAUUCGACCUGCAAAGGAGAAUCGAGGCGUCGAGCUUGGAGAACCAGGCUUUGAGAGAGCUGAACCGGCGGAACGGCAGAGCCCUCGACAGGUACAGCUGCGCAGAGAGCCACCUGCAGGAGCUGCUGGCCGGGCAUCGCAACGAGAUCACCGAGCUCAGGACACUCCUCAAAAUGUCCCAGGAGGCCGAGAGAAACACGGCCAGCGAGCUCAAAAGGGUGGAAGCGGAGAUGAGGAGAACUGAAGGUGAUCUGAAGACUUUGGUUGUGCUGUCAGAAGACAAAGCUCUGGCAGAGAGGGAGGAACUUAAUCACAGGUUGGCAGUCCUCAACAAAACGCUGGAGGCAAAGGAUGAGAGGAUAAAGAGUCUGGAAAUGCAGCUGAAGCUGAACAACAGCACCUUUAGUCGUCAGCUGGCAAGUGAGAGUAGAAAACUCCUGGAAGCUACAAUGACCACAAAGGACUUGCUACUGGAAAUUAAUGUCAUUCACCAAAAAAUUAAGGAAAAGGAUCGACAACUUUACGUACAGAAUAUUUAUGCAAAUCGGAUGCCAAAAUCCCUGAGGGACAGAAUUGAGCAAAGUCUGAGAGUAGACAGAUCAGCACAAGUAGAUAAAGAGAGUUUUAGAGAACUGCUGCUGUCUCAGCACCAGGAAACAGAAAAAAGUCCAAUCCAGCUAAAAAAGGAGAAGGAAGGAAAUAAAGGUAGAGAAGGUAAAGCCAAGGAAGUGUGCUCAAAUGCCCAGGGCAGAAAAGAAAAGCAAGCAACCAAGAAAGUGCCAAUGCCAGAAACUUCUAACAGGACCCACAGAAGGGGCAAACUACUGAUGGAAGAACACAGUUUUUCAGAAUUUAUUAAAGAAAUGGAAGAAGAGACAGAGUUUUUUGAACAGGAGUUGAAAAGUCUGAUGAAAUCUGAACAAAAUCCUCGAAGUGACAGAGUAAAGAACAAUCAAGAGGGAGAGGCAGUGGGAGAAGUUGAAAAAGAAGAGAAAAAACCAUUUGAGCAGCAAAGUAAGAAAGCCAGGAGUGAAGGUGCAAUUCCAAGCAAAGACCCCACUUGGCAGAAAAAAAAAUUCAUCUCCACAGAAGCCAUUGAGAAUUUGCAUCAGGGUCUCCACACUUCAGGUGCCAAAUGCAAAGCAGGGAGCUUGAGCUGCAGGGACACUGCUGAGAGCAGGGGGAAAAUUUCCUUUGGGGCUUAUGAGCCUUCCUUUGGGCAAAUCCCCCAGGCUGGGCAGGGCUGCAGCCACCUGCUGCCUGCUGAGAGGAAAACACCUGAUGGAGCUCCCUGGGGAGGGCUGUUUGCAAGGAGACACCCCCUCGAGUUCCAGCAGCACAAGGGUGAGGGUCCACAAGUGAGGGCUGCUUGGCAAAUCCCAAACUUCAGCUCUCCUCAUUGAAACCAUCUCCUGAGAAUAUACAAUUAUGAUAGUUAUCAGCUUACCUUUAGAAAGUUUCAACAGUCAGAUUGUUAGAAAACAAGUGUUUUACUUUAAUUGUUUAUUAAAUCUUACAAGUACUGGCAAUUGCUUUCCAUGAUUUUUUCCAAAACAAUCCAAUCCAUUCUGUGCUCAGUGUGUAUCACAAAAAUGUGUUGUAUUAAGAAUUCCUUACUGCUACCAGGUAAAAGUUAGUCCUUGUUUAGGAACUUCCAGGUUUUUGCAUUCCCAAGGAGCUGGAAUUUGGAAGCUGGGUGGUUGUCAGCUCACUGCUUUCAUAAGGUUCACUGCUGGGUAAGGACCAACAAUGCAAUAAAAGAAAACACUUUUUUAAUUCCUUCACUCCCCAAACAGCUUCCAGAAUUCGCAGAUAAUAAAAAUAAUUUGCUCCUACAUUGUUUUCACGAGCAUUAGAAACCUCUAAAGCCUCAUUCUUUCCCACUGUUGGAACUUAUCAAAGCAGUUUGCCUGGUAACUUCCCCAGCUGACAUCCAGAGAUGAAUGUGCAAGAGGAAAGCAUUGUUUUGGAGAAGUCAGGCAUAGCCAGUCCCCAAAAAGCCUCUAAAAAUCCUUGUUUAAGGUUAUGUAAGCGAGGGGAGGAGGAUUGUUUUGUUCCUCACAGUAAUUCAUUAAAUACUUGUUAAAUUCAUGUGAAGUUUGGAAAAAUUAGAGGCAUUCUGUUAAUUUUUAAAGGCAGUAGCACUUUUAAAAAUGGGAAAAAUUACACUACAAAAGCUUUUAAGGAUGACAAAGGCAUUCAGAGCUGAACUUGCUUGCAGCAACAUUUCCAAGGUUGAGAAAAAUAAUUAGAAAAAC